GCGUUUGCCCCGCCCCGUCCGCCUCCGCCCCCCGCGCACGCGCACGCGCACUGCCGCCCAGCCGCCUAGUCAAGCUCGGCCCGGCUCCCGCCCAGGCGGCGGCCGACGCGACGCCCGGAGCGCCCACCUCAGUCCCUUCACCGCCCCGGGCAGGUUCCCUGUCGACGCUGGCGGGUCCUGAGCGAGACAGUGCCUCCGAGCUUGGCGAGGCUGCAUAGGAGGCAGAGAGGAGCUGCUCAGGCCUCAGAGCUGCCGUCCCAUCCCGAACGGAGCCUCUUCUGUUCCCACUUGCGUUCGGCGUGGACACGCCUCGGGCUUCCCCUCUGUCAGCCCUAGCUGUGGUCUGGCUCCCUCAGGGGCCAGCUUCUGUGAAACAGACCCUCCAGCUCUGGGCCUUUGCUCCUCUGCCCACCCAGUGUGCCGCCCACCCAGGGGAAGGCAGUGCUUGGGUCCAUUGGCGGGGCCUGGUCGCACUAAAGGUGGGGCGAGAGCAGCGGUGUCUGAAAAGGACUAGCGAGGAGGGGCGGAGCAGACCCCAGCCUGGACCAGCGCCCGCUGCAGGGCUCAGGAAGGCCAGCGCUGUUUGUUCUCUUUCCUGGACACUAACUGUCUAAUAUAUUUUAUUUGCUUGGACCAGCAGACGCCCUCCCACGGCACGUCCUCCACUUGGGGCUGUGACCUCUCUGCCCGGGGUGCUGCAGAGCCAUGGCGACGGAGGAGAAGAAGCCGGAGACGGAGGCCGCCCGAGCACAGCCCACCCCGUCAUCCUCGGCCACACAGAGCAAGCCCACACCGGUGAAACCAAACUAUGCUCUUAAAUUCACCCUGGCCGGCCACACGAAAGCUGUGUCCUCUGUGAAGUUCAGCCCCAACGGGGAGUGGCUGGCGAGUUCGUCUGCAGAUAAACUCAUUAAGAUUUGGGGAGCAUAUGAUGGGAAAUUUGAGAAAACCAUCUCUGGUCACAAGCUGGGCAUAUCCGACGUGGCCUGGUCGUCAGAUUCUAACCUCCUUGUUUCCGCCUCAGAUGACAAGACCCUGAAGAUCUGGGACGUGAGCUCGGGAAAGUGUCUGAAAACCCUGAAGGGACACAGCAAUUACGUCUUUUGCUGUAACUUCAACCCCCAGUCCAACCUCAUUGUCUCGGGCUCCUUUGACGAGAGCGUGCGCAUAUGGGACGUGAAGACAGGGAAGUGCCUCAAGACCUUGCCGGCCCACUCAGAUCCUGUCUCGGCCGUUCACUUUAACCGAGACGGAUCCCUGAUAGUUUCCAGUAGCUACGAUGGUCUCUGUCGGAUCUGGGACACCGCCUCGGGCCAGUGCCUGAAGACGCUCAUUGCGUCCGCCCAGCAGAGGGAGCAGCGGCCCCCCGCGUGCGGGGCGCAGGCCUGGGCCCCCCGAGGUGAUGACGACAACCCCCCCGUGUCCUUCGUGAAGUUCUCUCCGAACGGCAAGUACAUCCUGGCCGCCACCUUGGACAACACGCUGAAGCUCUGGGACUACAGCAAAGGCAAGUGCCUGAAGACGUACACGGGCCACAAGAAUGAGAAGUACUGUAUAUUCGCCAACUUCUCUGUCACCGGUGGGAAGUGGAUCGUGUCGGGCUCGGAGGAUAACUUGGUCUACAUCUGGAACCUGCAGACCAAGGAGAUCGUGCAGAAGCUUCAGGGCCACACAGACGUCGUCAUCUCAACGGCGUGUCACCCCACGGAGAACAUCAUUGCCUCGGCUGCCCUGGAGAACGACAAGACCAUCAAGCUCUGGAAGAGCGACUGCUAGGCCAAGGUGCCGGGCGCUGCCGGAAAGUCCACCCGGACUCAUGGGAGCGCGGCUCUUGGAGGGGCUCCCGGUCCAAGCCCGGGGACCUGUGGGGCUUGGCCCUGAGCUGCCUCUGAAGAAACUUGGCUGGGGCGUGUCUCCCACUUGAGGGUCUGGAGGUUGCUGGUGACGUUUCUGCCAAUCCCUUUCUCACCGUCUGGGGAAAAGUUUCUAGUCUGUAUUGUGUUCAGAGUCCACAGAAAUAUUGUGUUCAGAGUCCACAGAGAUUUUUAAUUUUUUAUUACAAAAAGGUGAAGUUCAAUUUA